AUGGCGCGCAAGCGCAAGGCGGUCGAAAACGGCAAUAUGAGGAAGCAACCGAAGAGACGUCGCGAAACAGACUCUGCUGAUGUAGCAGAUCUCAAUGACGCAGGCGCGUCCAGCUCCGCGAUGUCAUCUACAAAAACUAGACCAAAGCGGAAUCCUAGAAGGACGGCAAAGGAUCCGUGGGAAGAGGAGAAGUUGAUGACGAGUACUGCUUCUCAGUUGAUCGAUAUAGAUCUUGUGAAACUGCUUGCACGGCCUGAAGCCUGGGAAAACCUAGAAGAAAAGGAAAAGGAAGAGAUUUUGAAUCUUUUGCCAGAAGACAUACACCCAAAUCGCGAUGCUGCAGCGGAUGAUUCUGGUGCAAAAAUACCCCCGCUACCGGAGUCUUUCCUACGCUACUCAAACGUCUGGCGAGACAGCAUCCGUCAAUUUCAGUUAGACCUCCAGCAUGGUCGUUAUGACCCCGAGUGGCAGCGCCAGGCCCAGGAGGCUAUGCGCGAAAGGGAAGCCGGGAAAUUCGACAAAUUCAAAGAGGAUGAAUUCGAAGAGUUCUGGGGUCAGAAGCAGAAGAUGGAUAAGACCAUUGCAGCUGGACAGAGCUCCCAAGUCAAACUGAGCACGCUGAUCGAACACGGAGUUGUUCGCAUAGGCGACGUAUGGAAAUAUUCGCGAGUCUUCGCUAACGGAGGCAACAAAGUAUUGGUCGAGAAAGAGGCAAGAAUCUUGGAAAUCAAUGAUUCGCGUCUAACGUUCGUCAUUCCUCCUGGUCAGCGAGUCUUUCUGCUCGCGGCUUCGCGCUCGAAAAACCAUAAUUCCCAAGAACCUCCGAACACCAAGGACGCCGCAAGUGAGGUCCAACAAAACGGCACGGCCAAAGAGAUUGGAGAACUGCAAGAAAAUUACGAAAGCACUGCCAAGCGUAGAUCUCCCAGGAAGCGGAAAUCCGAACCAGAGGUCGGUACUCGCAAAAAGCUUCAACAGGAAUCUACGAUCGAGGAGGUAGAUUCGUCGGACCAGCCAAUAGAUGACGAUGUUGUGCUCAUAGCCAAUCCCGGAACGAUUUCGGUCGAAAUUACCAAUCCUCGACCAAAAGCAGAAAGACUUUCACCGCCAGUGCUAUGCGACGACACCUCCACUGACGCCAAAGAUGUUAAAGGCGACGACAAUGCACCACCCAAGACCUCGCAAGCUCAAUCCACUUCUGGCGCGUUGCCCCAAGAGGAACCAACAUCCGAAGGAAUGUGUUUCGACGCAGACACGACUCCCGAAAUCAUCUUACCAAACAUUCGCGGACUACAGGCGCUGAGUAUGAAGAUUCUGGAAGUGGAUGGUCGUAUUCGGGACGUUCCGAACGGAAAUGCUUGGAAAGAAUUUCGGUCCUAUAGGGACAACCAGGACAUGGGAAGUCUGUGGGAGGUUAGACAAGCCUGGUAUUUGAGAGCGAAAUGA